GCAGUCAGGGAAUUUGGGUCGUCUUUCAUUACCCACAACUAGUCACAGGUGCUGUCAAAAUAAAUAGUCUGUUAUCAGCCAGAUGUAGUAAACGGACCGAUGUGAGGAAGGAAGUGAAGAGGUAAACAAGAAUUCGAUCUGUGAGAAGCUCGGCUGUCAGCAAUUACUACUAUUCGUAAUAUUUUGGGUUUGUCUGUGAGAAUUGAGAUAUGUGAGAAUCUAGCGGGAAAGGACGGGUUGCGCCAUAUGACACUGACGUCGCAGAACAGGAAUUGUGAACAGGCACCACGAUGAUACAAUGGCAAUCGGGGCCAAUUUGCAGUUGAAGGAUGUAUUCGAAAAAGAAAGAUUUCCCAAGUCCAAUUGGCAGUUUAUAUUAUUAGUUGUUUACUUCCCGUUCGGUCUUGUAAUCUUUGUACUGAGAUUUUUUAUCUGCCUCCAUACUUGCUUGGUCGGACUCCUUCUCACCCACACGCCUUUGAUAAGAAGUUGUGUGCUGCGUAUGCUCUGCCUCGUAUUGGGUGUGAACGUCGAGCAGGAUAACAAGAAAGAACGGGACAAAUCGGCCAAAGUGAUCGUCUCAAACUGUGUCACGAGAUUCGAUCACAUCGCGUUCCACCUUUUGACAGGCUGUGUAACUCACACAAAAUGGGAAGGGUUUUUGCCUGUGAGCAUAAUCCCGGGCCUGCACGAUUUCAGCCAUGAUGGAAAUAAUUUAAUACAGAGCCUUCGAGCACAGAUUGAUAAAGAUGACAGGCCAGUUUUAAUUCAGCCUGAAGAAACUACUUCUGGAAAAGAAUGUUUACUCAAGUUCAAAACAACUGCUGCUCAACUCUGUAACAGGGUACAGCCGGUGGCUGUCUUCACAGAGAGGUCUAUAUGGGCCAACACAGCCCCUACGGUUCUGGGCUCUUCAGCGUUUUUGGACUUCUUCUGGUUCCUCUUCUCACCACACACUGUCUUUAAAAUCAAGUAUUUAGAUGUUUUAACUCGGAAACCGGACGAAACUGAUGAUGCCUUUACAGAAAGAAUGAGAACACAAAUCGCUACCGCUUUGUCAUACAAAACUGCACCUUAUACUGCUAGUGAUAAAGCAGAAUAUGAAAAACGAUACUUGGAUGAGUUAAACCAGCGUGUACUUGUCCUUCCUCCUUUUGCUAACGUGCGACAGCCAUCUCCAGAAUUACUACGCAUGGCAACUCAAGUUUCCGAAGUGUUGCCAAACGUACCUAGAGAUGUGAUUUUACGAGAUUUAGGACGGACAAGAUCUGUUGAUGUAACUAUAUCCAACAUUCUCGAAGGCGUUGUUACUUUCACGCCUUUGACACACGGGCAUUCUUCUACAGUCGUGCACAGGCCACCUACUACACCUUCGCCAGCUUCUGGAACAAGUGGAAGAAUGAGUGAUUCCAUAUUUUCACGUUCUUCUCAAGACAGAAUGGCCUCGUUUAUGGAAAGGAAAGCGAAGAUGAUUGAAGCGGCGAGGCGUCGCUACAUAGAGAAGAAGGGGCUUCAAGGGCUAAUUGACAACUCCAGUGUUACUAGUACACAACAUUGAAAAUAUUAAAAAAAAAUAAAACAGGCUGAAAAAAAAUGCAAAUGAAAAGAGAAUAUAUUAUCAAACAAAUAAGCAGGGGUGGAAAAAAAGGUUCGGUGCCUCAAAGACUUUUUUCAUUGUUGUUUUAAGGGGAAAUUUUAAAAUUUACGUUUUAAAAUGGGUUCAUAAAGUCAUUUUCGUUAAAAAUGGGAGAGGGGAAGAUUUAAAAACGAAAAUAAAUAAGAUAAAGGCCGUUUUUCUUCGCCAAACAGAUAUGAUGAAAAUGAUAACAUCUAAAGCACUAUAUUUUUGAUUUUAUUUUGUAUUAUAUACAUUGAAUUAAAUUAAAAUGUAGCAAUGUCAUCAUUUACUUGAAAAAAAGGUGAGGAAAACUAAUAAUAGGAAGUGCCACCAAUAGCUAUCUGAGAUUAGGUGUUAGAUUAAAGAAAAAUGAACAAAAUAUAAGAAUAUACAUGCAUUAUAUAUUAUGUAAAUAUGUAAUUCAUGUUUAUUUGCUAUUAAUGUUUAUCAGUUUCUACUUAAAAAGUCAAUUCUCUGUGACAUUUUUAUUCCUGCUUAAAUAGACUGAAUGUGUGGCUGUUGUACAUCUGUAUAUAUAUUUCAUGUUAUUAUUUUA